CCCGGAAGUGAUGUCAGGUUGUCAGUGCGGCACAUGAAAUAUUGGUCAUCAUGGUGUUUCUGACGCUGUCCUGCUGGAUCCGGAACCGCGGACCGGACAGAUACUGGAAAGUUCAAGAGCUCCUGAAGAACGCUCGGCAUUUCCGCGGCAGGAAGAAUCGUUGCUACAGUCUGGCAGUUCGCGCGGUGCGUAGAGCGUUUGUCUACGCCACCAAAGCACGCAAAACCAAAAGGCGCAGCAUGAGAACGUUGUGGAUCUCGCGCAUCGCUGCAGCCACAAGAGAACAUGGCAUGAAAUACCCCGCGCUCGUGCACAACCUGCUGAAGUGCAGCGUUCAGCUCAACAGACGCGUUUUGUGUGACAUGUCAAUCACAGAGCCGCGCACUUUCCACGCGCUCACGGCGCUCGCCCGCGCGCGUCAGCAAGAGGGUCUCCGAGCUGCACUGGGCGACGGAAAGGAGCCGCCGGGCGUUUUCUCACGCGUCACGCAGCUGCAGUGACUCACAAACACCCUGGACCUCAACCCAUCAGAGAAGAUGCUGAACCAGUGUCAGUGUGUAUCUCUGUCACAUAGUGUUCAGUGAUCAGAUAUGAAAAGCUUCACUCUUGUUCUGGAGUGUUUGGAUUUUUCUGUGUAAAUAAAUGUUUAUCUGUGUGUUUAUGAAUAAAGCAAUAAACAAUUUCAUAGUAAUAAACUGUCAGUGCAGUGUG